AUGGUCUCGGGCUCCUCAGAUCAGUCCUUCUUCCUUCACCAGAUCCAGCAGAAGCACUUGAUGGACGAGUAUCUCCGCCAAACAUACGGUCAGAGCAGGAGCGACCAGAUGGACACGUCCGAGACCUCGUUACCCACCUUUCUGGCCGACGAGAGUAAGAUAAAGCUGGAGAGUCAGACGGAGGAAGAGACUUCCACAAUAUGGUGAGUAUGACAAUAUAGUAUUAAGUACACCCCAGCCACAGCUCUACAAUCUCUAAGGAUGGGAUAGGUGUUUAGAUUAGUUUAGUUUAUGAUAUUGUGUUAGUAAUGUCAAAACAAACGUAACCAAGGCCCGAAGCACAAGUAAUAUAUUGUCUUUGUGGGGGUGGUUAUGACGUUGGCCGAGGGACUCUAGUGAACCCUGAACAAACAAUAAUGUUGUCACAUGAGAAUGUAAUUUUGAAACAAUUAGGCGCUUGCAAACCUUGUUCUAUCAGCUGUUUUGGCAAACCGGCUGUUACGUCACGAUAACAAAAAACACUAAAGACCUUAACACCUACUACAAGGAAGACCUUUUAGCCAAGUUACCUUUAAAAGUUUAAAAUUUAUAAACUUUCAAAGAUAUCAUUCAAUACGAACACUAUUACUAUGAGGUUUACAACCUUGACUUUGGCUAACAGAAUACUGUAGAAUUCCUAGCUGAUAAGAGGCGUUCAAAGACCAGCCAAUGUUGGUAGAAAUCGGUUUGUGACCUUUGAGUCAUAGCCAUCGUAGUACAGCUUAUUAAAACUUACCGUACUGUAAUGAGAGAUUAAGAUAAGUCGUAUGUAAUGAAGCAUUAACACAUAUUGUAUCAACACAAGUCUUUGUAAAUAAUAUUUGGAAUACGGUUAUUAAUCUAGCAUAAUAUUUUACUCGGUAAACAUACACACUAAGUCAUUCCGAACUAUAUUAAUAUCAUUUCAGUAGCGUGUGUAACGAUGAAGCCAGUGGAAGACACUACGGAGCCUUUACCUGCUUCGGAUGUAAAGGAUUCUUCAGGUAAGUCAUCCAUUACACAUACAGUAACCCUUUUUUUAGGCGGACGGUCCGCGCCAACAAGGUUUACACUUGUCGAUACGAAAAGCAAUGUCAGAUAGACAAAGGUAAUUUAUAUAUAGCUUUACAUUACUUAAGCGUGUAUUAAGAGUAUGGAAACUUGCGUUACAUUACUUUAAACCUGACUUUACAUUACUUUAAACCUGAUGUUACAUUACUUUAUGUCAUCCUUUCAGUCGGUCGUAACAUCUGUCGAUCGUGCCGUUUCCGCAAAUGUUUGGAAGUUGGGAUGGAGCCAGAUGGUAAGAUAACAUAACAUUAACGUAGAACUCGACCUUUUCAGCUAUCCGACCCGACCGCGACAAGACCGGUCGACAAAAGAACCCUCGCAAGUCGACCACCUCGAUCUCGUCGUGCAAGAGCAGUCAUGACAUCGAGGAGGACCGAAAGUCUCCAGUAUCGAGUUCGUCGAGUCAUACUGGCAGUGUGGACGACAACCUACAGUCCCAUUGCGAGACAAUGGCACCAUCUUCGGCCGCGCUGUCCCAAAGGGACCUUAUUCUUGGUACCCUUUUGCAAAUCGAGAAGAUCUGCGCUGAAAUCACCGACGAUCCCAAGCUACAGUCAUCGCCGCAGGGCAUUAACGAGCUGCACGACAUUGUCUUAAGGCCGUCCUUGUUGGGAGAGAGGAGUCCGGUGAGUAUCAUUUUAAAGAUUUUUUAAAAAUUUCUAUUUUUUGUUCAAAAGGUACAUAGUAUUAACUAUUAUAUUAUACCUUUUUCUCACAUUUUUUAUCAGUUUGCUUAUAUUGUUUGUACAGUAAAUAACCUUGUACAUAAUACGUUACCUCUUACCAUUCGAAACUACUAGCAUAUUAAAUUAGUCGCUUCAGCUGAACUAUGACGCCACCUCGGUGGUGUUCGGGGCCGAUGACUUGUGUGGCGGCAUCAGACGUCUCGUGAUUAUGGCCAUCGACUAUGUAAACACGCUGAAGCCGAUAGCUGACGUCUGCGUGGAAGAGAAGGUAAGAAGAGUUGUUUUUUGGGGAUAAUCUCGUCUCGUGGUCCAUCAAAUCCUGGUUCCUUCAGGGCCUAAUUCGCACUUUUGAACACAAGUGGAUAAUUAACUCUGUAUAGCAUUGUCUAUAUCUCUGUUGUGAACAACAACAUGUGUCUACAACGGUCUCGCUGAGUACUGUAACAUGCCUUAUACUUUGCUCUACAGAAGUACUAUAACGUUUUGGCCUCCAGCGUUCCCGACUAUAGUCUGAAAAACAACUAUAGUUGAAUGCACUUUCCGUUGGGCCAAAGGCCAGCGGGCCAUACGAGCGACGGCAGGGGGCUGGUGCUCUUUGGUCCCGCCGACCCGAUAGGUUGUUUUCGUCUCCACCGCUGGGCCUUCUGCGAGACCCCCUUACUUCCGGGAAAUCGGCCACAGGGGUCUCGUGGUAUACUUCGUUUUUGCUGUAACCCAAAAAGGGAAUCUGAGGGACGGAGAGAAGCACAUUGACGUCAGUGUUCCCCUUUCUGAACCCGCCAAAGCAGUAGACUUAUAAAUAUGUAAGGGGCACGGGACACGGUUUGCAGGAUUACAAUACACAAUAGAACGUUAAGUGGGCAGUGGUAGGGAUAAUACCUUCCUCUAGGUGACAAAACGUGUUAUACCACGCAUCUUGGAUUCAAAACUGUCUUUUGUCUCGGAAUGAUACCGGAAGAGCCAUGGUUCAGUAGAAAAGGCUUCAGUAGUACUUUGAAAUACGACCAACCCUAUUACAGUACAAUAUAAAAUACACAUACUUACAAUCAUAUUAAGUCAAGAAAACAAAGUAACCAACAACCAAUUUUCAGGUGAUCCUAGUCCGCUCGUUCGUCUCCAGCUUCAUCGUGCUGACAACCGUGCAGAAGAACGUAGUCGAAGGCAAAGCCGAGAAGAUUCUACUGCCAAACGGAUGCUACAUCGACUCCUCAACCUACCUGAGCUCGUUGUUCGCCAGCUGCCAACGAGACCUCUCCUGGCUCGACCUCAAGUUCACCUCCAUCAAGGAUAACAUCGUGGAGAAGCUGAAUGUGACAUUCGACAGGCUUCGGCUGGUGGACCAGGAGAUUGUGUGCCUGAAGGCAUUGAUGGCGUUGGACCCGAAUGUAGCUGGGCUAAGUGAAAACACUUCAAACGUGUUGAACAUCGCCAGAGAGUCUGUCCAGAACGCUCUGUAUCUGUAUCUGGCAGAACGGUACCCACUGAACGAGGCUGUAGCACGCUUUGGCAAGAUCCUCAUGCUACUGCCAAACAUCGCUGUAAGUUUUUUGUAUCUUUGUACAAAGCUUAUGUCAGUUUAGUUUACCAGUUAUAGUAAUAUAACUUUGCUUUUGGUCAAAAAGUUCGUAAAAUGGCUUUUAAUUAUCCAAAUUGGGUGAUUUUGUGGUUUUCUACGUAUUUUUCGACCUGAAAAAUGAAUUCGAUUGUUAUAUUGAAGAAUUUAUUUUCAGAAGACCGGAGCCCUUUUAUCGAUGACUCUUCAGCUGGGCCGCGACCUGCGCCCGGACGCCAAACUCCUGGAUCUGUUUUCGGUCUAG